AUGACCGAGCAAAACCCACAACCACAAGGCUCAAAGAGGGACUCGGCUCCCUCUGAGCCUGAGAAGGUGCCCGCCUCCGACUUGACCUCAAAGGGGGGGACUCGGUCAUGUUCGUCCUUGUCGGUGCAAGACGGGCAGGAUGCCAAUGCUGAGGGCAGCUUUCAGCUCAGCUUUGAUCCUCGGACUUUUGAGCCACCAGAGGGAAGUUCACGCAACGAUGCCAGUCAGGGCCCAAAAGCUUCGGUACCUGAAAAUUCCGAGUCGAUGGGCAACCUUGUCAGCCACACCUUAUUCUCUCAGAUGGCGCCCACUAGCUAUCCAAGGAUCAUCUCCGAAAAGGAUUGCGACCUUCGCAAAAAACCCCCAGACAACAACAAGUCGCCAGACAAUCAACCGCCAGGCAACAAACAGCCAGACGGUUCAACAAAAGGUCGCUGUCGGAGAUUCACCGCGUAG